AUGGGAGGAGGGGAGGAUGGUGGAGGAGAGGAUGUGGGAGGAGGGGAGGAUGUUGGAGGAGAGAAUGUGAGAGGAUGGGAGGAUGUUGGUUCUUCUCUCGGAUCUCACUCCCUACACGAAGAUUAUCCACUCCUCACCAUUACACUAGGAGACCCCUUGCAAGUUCUAAAUGUGGUGCCACUUGAUACUAUUAGGCCACAAACGGAGGAACCAAUUGUUCGCAAAUCCAACAAGUCGCGCCACGCGAUGCUUAAAUACACCCCGCCAACUAUUCCUAAGAGAGGAAAACAAAUCAUGUAG